UCUUGACUCUCACAAUGUUACACAUUCUCAUGACUAUAAAAUACAUAGCAACAUUGGUUUUACUCUCAGUUCUCCUUUGACAUUCGAAGAAUAAGCAAGUAAUACGAUUUUUAAAAAACGGUCGGUCGAAAAAUUUCAAGAAUAAAAAUAAAAGAUACUUUAAAGAGUGUAUCCAAAUAAUUUUUGUGAUUUAUUAAGGCAAAAAAAAAAGAAUUUUUUGUGUUAAAUAAAGUGAGAAAGAAAAAAAAAUGAAAGAUAUUCACAACAAAAUUUAUUUAAUGCACAUAGAAGAGAAAAGAUGAGAAGAAAAAGUAGAAAAAAAUAUUUUUUGAAAUAAAAAAGAAUGUACAUACAACAAAAAUCAUCAAUGUGAAUGAGUAGAAAGAAAAGAAAUAAGAAAGAAAGAGAAAAGAGAAGAAGAAAAUAAAAAUAUAAAAAAAAAUUAAAUUUAUAAGUUGUUGGAAUCUUAGUGAAUACAAAAUAAUACAAAGAGAAAUAAAAAAAAAUGAAUUUCGUGUUGUAGAAGAAAAGAGAAAUAUUUUGUGAGCUGUACAAAUGCGAAAAUUUAGUGAAUAAAUCUUUUUACCCUAAAAAAAAAGAGAUUCUACAAAAGAAACUUUUAAGCCCGGCACAAAAGUAAACACACAGCAAAAAUGAAGAAAUGGAUAAUAAUUUAUUUCGCACUGCAUUGCCUGUGCUAUGUUAAUAGUACCAAUAAAUUAGUAGAUAGUUCGUAUGUUCAACAACAACAACAGAAAGUUGAGUGCAUGUGGAAGCGACAAGGAUCGUCUUCAGCCGCUACACAACACAACUCAAUUGACGGAAGUGAUAAUAAUCGAUAUUUAUCGUGCCGCAUGAAAACGAUAAGUGGAUUGGAUGGUCUCAUAAAGAAUCUUACGACCUACAAUAGUCAAAAUCAGAUAGUGAAUGCAUUAAAAUUAGAAUGUAGUGAUGUAUUAUUUGCUGAGAGUUCUCUCGUUGUUGAGAAUAAUGUGAAUAAUGGAAUAGGAGAUUAUGGUGCCUUUAAUAAGCAUUUGCAUGAGCUAACAAUUCAAUUUUGUAAAAUUAAAUAUGUACCGUCGAUGACAUUCAAGUCACUAAAAAAUCUUAAAAGUCUUACACUUCAGACACAUAAUGCUGAUUGGUCGACAAUUAAUUUAGAAUUACAUUCAGAGACAUUUAGUGGAUUAAGUGAAUUAAGACGACUUAAUUUAGCUGAUAACAACAUUUGGACACUGCCGAAUGGCAUUUUUUGUCCACUCUUUACACUCAAAUAUUUAAAUUUGAGUAAAAAUCAUCUGAAUGAUGUCUCACAAGUUGGAUUCAGUUUGAAAAAUGCUGCAACUCCAUCAGGUGGAAAUGAUAAUGAUUUAUUUACCGGCAGUCCACCAUCUGCAGCAAGUACGCAAGCAUCAUGCAAUAGUGGUGUUGAGCAACUCGAUUUAUCAUACAAUAAUCUCAUUAGUAUUCCAAAUAAUUGCUUCAAUGCACUCAAGAAUCUCAAUUUCUUGCAUUUGGAUAGCAAUCAAUUGACAAUUCUAGAUGAUAAUUCAUUUCAAGGACUUGACAAGUUGCAAUUCUUGAAUAUAACAAAUAAUCGAUUGAUUGCAUUACCACCGGAAUUAUUUGAGAAAACAAAGGAACUGAAACGACUUUAUAUCGGUAAUAAUUCAUUGGCUGUUCUUGCACCAGGAUUGUUUGAAAAAUUAGAUCAAUUGGAAGUGCUUGAUUUAUCAUUUAAUGAAUUAACAUCAUCGUGGAUUAAUCGUGAUACAUUCCUUGGAUUAAGUCGGCUGAUUGUGUUAAAGUUAAAUAAUAAUAAAAUGACAAAAAUUGAUCAGUUUGUGUUCCGUGAACUUUACGAAUUGCAAGCACUGAACUUAGAAUUUAAUCAAAUUGAAAUGAUUGCACAGAAUGCAUUUAUUGAUUUGAGGAAUCUCCAUCAAUUGCUCCUGUCAAAUAAUCAAUUGAAAAUUAUCGAGUCAAAGCACUUUGCUGGACUUCACAGUCUCAAUCAAUUGAUUCUUGAAUCAAAUGAAAUUUCAAAUAUCCAUCCAAAUGCAUUCGAUAAUCUCACAAAUGCUGUUGUCGAUUUGAGUUUGAAUGAUAAUAAGCUCAAAAGGAUACCAGAUUCAAUUAGAAAGUUGAGAAAUUUGCAAGCACUCGAUUUAGGAAAGAAUCAAAUCACAGAAAUUGAGAGUGAUUCAUUUGAUGGACUUGAACAGUUGGCAGGUCUAAGGUUAACUGAUAAUCAAAUUACAACCAUCACGAAAGGGGCAUUUGUUGCUUUAAAGUCCAUUCAUGUUCUCAAUUUCGCUUCGAAUAAAAUCAAGCAUAUCGAUCAAUCAUCAUUUCUAACGAAUGAGAAAUUGCGUGCUAUACGUCUCGACAGCAACGCUUUAGAAGAUAUUUCCAGUGCUUUUACAUCAUUAUCAUCCUUGGUGCUCUUAAAUGUAUCCAACAAUAAUAUCAAAUGGUUCGAUUUUAGUCAUUUGCCAUCGUCAUUAGAGUGGUUGGAUAUCCACAAUAAUAACAUUACUGAAUUGGGCAAUUACUUUGACGUGACUAGUCAACUGAAGAUAAAUUAUAUGGAUGUAUCAAAUAACAAAAUUAGAAAAAUUAAAAAUGAUCUCAUUCCCAAAAAUAUCACCACAAUUAAUUUGAGCAACAAUCUUAUCGAUGACAUUCCAUCUGGAACAUUCUUAAAUAAGAAGCAUAUUCGUAAAAUAUUCCUCAAUGGAAAUAUGAUUAAGAAAUUGCAAAUCACAUCAUUGAUAGUGUCAAAAUUUGAUAUUUUGCGUGAGGCACCAGAGAUUUAUCUUGCUGGAAAUCCACUGCAUUGUGAUUGUCAUUUAGAAUGGCUGAGAAAUAUCAAUGAAUUAUCAGAACAAAGACGACAAUUGCCAAAGCUUAUAGAUAUGAAUAAGAUCAAAUGCACAAUGGAACAUAAUCAUGAGAUUAUGAUGUCUAGAAGUUCCAAUGAUGAUGUUGCAAUCAAGCCAUUCAAUGAAUUAAGUUCCAAUGAUUUCCUCUGUAAAUAUGAAAAUCAUUGUCAUACGUUAUGUCAAUGCUGUCAAAAUGAUCAAAAUAGUGAAGAUGAUGACGAUGACGAUGAUGAUGCACCAAGUUCAGAAUGCAAAUGCAAAAUGACAUGUCCAGAUCAAUGCUCAUGUUAUCAUGACAACACAUGGAAUAAAAAUAUUGUUGAUUGCGGUAAUGCAAAUAUUCAAUCAUUUCCACAACGCAUACCAAUCGAUGUUACAACUUUGUAUAUCGACGGAAAUAACUUAACGCAUUUAUCGCACCAUCAAUUUGUUGGCAAAAACCGUCUUGAAGUACUUUAUUUGAAUGACAGUAACAUUCAUACAAUAGCAAAUGGAACAUUUGAUGAACUAAAGAGUUUACGAGUCUUACAUCUCAAUCGUAAUCAACUUAAACGUCUUCAUGGAAAUGAAUUUAAGGAACUUAUGCUAUUAAAUGAAAUUUAUCUUGAUCAUAAUCGUCUCAGUCAUAUUGGUGAUAAUACAUUCAAUCAUAUGAAAUUCUUACGCAGUAUUGAUCUUAGCGAUAAUCGUUUAGUUGACUUCAAUCCAAUUACACAACUCGCGACAUCAAGUAGAAGUGGAAUGUUGCAACAAGUUUAUCUCGAUGGUGAUAAUAAAUGGAAUUGUGAUUGUAAGUCUUUAGUACAAUUGAUUGAAUGGAUCAGAAAUCGUUCUAAUAAUUUCAAUGUGCAACGAAUGUUGUGUAAUGAUAAUCGUAUUGUUGGGGAUGUGCUGAAUAACUGUGAGCUAUUGAAAAACACAAAUAUUUUUGGAGAAGUUGCAACACCACCAUCAUCAUUAAACUCAUUACAGCAAGAGCAUUCAACAAUUGUAGCAGGAAACGGUAAUGGAAAUCCUAUUUAUAGACAUAAUAUAUUUGGAGGUAGUGGUGGAAUCGGAAGUGGCGGAUACAUUCCAUUAUUUGCUGCAGUUCUUGUCACUAUCAUCACAUCAGCAUUAUUAAUUGCGCUAGUCUGCAUAUUCAGGCAAGAUGUAAAAUUAUGGGCAUUUUCAAAAUACGGAUUAAGAUUUGGUGGAGAUGGAACUACAAAGAACAGUGGAAGUAAUAAGAAAAAGGCAACAACAUUAGCAGCACAACAUCUUCGUUAUAAUAAUGGAACUACUGCAAUUGAUGAUGAAGAGUAUUUCACUGAAAAAGUUUAUGAUGCAUAUUUUAUAUACAGCAUAAAUGAUACAGAUCUUCUCACACAAAUUUUACUCCCCGAGAUGCAAAAUCUUGGCUAUAACAUCUCAUCAUUCAAUCAUCAUAAUAAACCAAUCAUGACACGAGAUAAUUUUCAAGUAACAAAUUACUUAAUUGACACACUGAAAGCAGGCACUGAUGCAUCUCAUAAGAUUGUUAUCGUUUUGUCAUUCAACUUUCUUCAGACGGAAUGGUGCGACAGCAAUUUCCGUUGUGCAAUGCAGGCUCUCAUCGAGUCAUUGAUGAAUCAACGAAAAAAUAAAAACAUUAUUCUGAUUCUCACUGUGCCAGUUCAAAUCAUUCAAAUGGAUCCAUUGCUGCAGCUUCUCAUUCGUACAUGCACAGUGAUUUGUUGGGGAGAGAAACGAUUCUGGACGAAAUUACGUUAUGCAUUGCCGGAUGUAUCGUCCGAUAAGAAAUAUAUUCAAGGCGAUAAUCGAUACACACCAGCACCAACAUCAACAUUGCAACGGGGUCCGAUGAUGAUGGCUGUAAAUAGUACCGGUUCAAAUAAUCAACCGUCAGAUUGGUACAAUUUAUCACCUGUCGUGUGCAGUGGAUAUUCAAUGCCAAUCAAUCAAUAUCAGGAUCAUCAUCAACAGCAACAAUAUCAUCAACAAUUUUAUACAAAUGAGAAUGAAAUGCCAAAUAAUUUACGUGGUGCAUCAUACGACUAUGAACAACCAGAUUAUAAUACACGUGGACCGCAAUCAAUAGGCGGCUCGUCAACAUGUCUCGGUCAUGUUUAUUCAACCAUACCUGAAACACCACCGCUAUCAUCCUCCUCAAAUGCUUCUACGCCAACAUUAUCGCAUAAGCAUGGCAAAGCUAGUCACUUAAUUGAGCAACAGCAACAUUGUGAUUCAUCCAAUAAUGACCAUUUUGUAUAAAGAGAUUGAGAGAGAAAUUGAGACACAAUGUAUGUAUGUAUGUUAUUUGCUAUUGAGGAUUAAUUGGUAAAUAUUAUGUUUCAACAAAAAAAGAAUGCUUAAACUUGAACUAUCAAUUAUGCAUAAAAUAUGUACAUAAAGAAGAAAAUUAAUUAAAAUGAGGUCCGGUUCAUGUGAAAAUUAGAGAUUCUUUCCUAUACAAACUUGACAUUUGCAGAAAAUUAAAUUCUCUGUAAACACAUUUUUUGAAAAAGGGGGAAUUGUAAAAUUUUGUAGCCACUUGGGAUCUCAAAGCAACAAGAAUGAUCGAUGUAAAUAUAUAAAAUUUUAAAAAUGAGAAAAACGAGAUUAAUUCUUUAUAUUGUACAUAUUAAUUUGUAUAUACGAAAAAAAAACCAUAACUUUAAACAUCUCUGACUCACUUCAUGAAAAAAUGAUUUUUUGAUUUUUAUUACUUCGUCUGUAUGUGGUUGGUUGAACUCUCAUUUGCUGUAUUUUUUUGAAUGUGCACAAUGUCGUUUAAGGUUUGGACACUAUAUCUCGCUAGUUCUCUGGCUAAGCAGCAUUUUAGCUAGUAAGUCUGUUUUUUUUGAUUUAACUCGGGACGCACAAAAUCUCUACUACGCCUUUGGCCUUUAGAGUAAGCUUGAUCGACACUGCCGCUUUUUCGUUGCUUUAAAAUGAUUGAAUGGAUCAUCAAAAAUAACAAUAAUACUAAAACGCGGUAUAGAGAGUGAGUGAAACAUGUGGAAGCGAUAAAAAGCAAGUCAAAGGCAGACAUAAAAGCGGCAUAAAUUUCAAUCUUUUUCCUCAGUCAAAAAAAAUAUAAGUUUAAUAAUAACACAAUGAUUGUGAAUUAUUUCAUAUAGGAGAAAAUUUUUGUGUGAAAAAGAAAUUGCAAUAAUAAUAAUAAUGAUUGAGGAUGAUGUUUGUUAAUGUUAUUUGUUAAAAAUGAUUGAGAUGAGCUUGAUGGACUUUUGAUGAGCUCGAUGAUUGAGUUAUUUUAAUUGUGUCAAGAUAACGAUGAGCCAAGUCCGAACAUAGACGUGACUUUUUGAUAAUUUAAUGUCAAAUGACUAAAGUUAAACUAUAGGCUUAAUAAUGAUUCAUUAAAAUCAUGUAUAGCUUCAAAAGACUGAAAAACAUUAUUGUUAUUUAAUGGUCAACAACUUUUUUUUGCUGUUCAACAAGAGCCAAUUGACUCAUGUGUAAUAUUCGAGAGAUUCUUGAUAUUUAAAUAAUUUUUUAAAAGUUGUAAUGUCAUUGUCCAUAUUUGAUUUAUUGUCAAAAUAAAUUCGGAAUCUCUUAUAAAUUUAACAAAAAUUCAAUUCACUAAAUUUUAUUCCUGAACGAGCAUUUUUUAUUCCUCAAAAAAAAUUCAUUUCCCAAACAAAUUUUCAACCGUAAAAAAUUCCCGAUAAAAAUUUAUGAAGCAUUUCAAAUUUUAUUUUUUUUAUUCUCGUUGUUCGAAUAUUGAUCGAACAAGUUGCGUAUUAUUGCCGCCGUCAUCAUAACGCAUGUUUCCUCACACUCUAUUUUUCCCUAGUUCUUAUUCCUCUUUUUUCCAACCACACAUCACACAAAAAAUAAUAUAAUAUACACAGUAUGCCUGCUCUUUUUUUUGUGAUGAUGAAAUACAUAACAUUUUAAAUAUAAAAAGUGAUAACCAAAUAAAAGUAUCAGCUGUGCUGGUUCAACUGGAUGUCAUUGGUAAAAGAAAAAAAAAAUAAGCAGCACUUUAACGCACACACAUAUUUCACGUGUAAUUAAAUUUUCAUUGAUCCAUAAAAAAAUAUAAAGGAAAUGUUUGAAAAAAGUUGAAAACAAAAAACCACACAAAAAUGCUUAAACAGCAGCAGAAAAUUGAAUAUUUAUGGCAGAGUACGAUCACCUUAAAAUGUUACAAACAAUAAACCCUUUAAGGGGCUUGCAUAAAUGAUGUCUUUUAAAAAAUGACUCCUUAGCAUUGCAGUAGGUCUUCUCUGAAUGCAAUGAAAUAAUGAAAGGUCCAAGAAUUAUUUGUUUGACUACCAAAAUGUGAUAAAUGGAAGAAAAAACAAUUUUAAUUCAUUAAAAACCAGCGCGAUACUUUCAUAAUUCAUAAGCAUUUAAAGGUAAAUUAUGCCUACUUAAUGUCCAUAAACACACAUUUCAUAUUUUUUAUUGUGUAAAUUGACUGAAAAACUUUUCACAUUUUUGUGUGUGAAGAAUUUUAAACGAUUUCUUUCCCUUCUCAUUUUUAAUUUUAUUUAUUUAUUUUUACUUCAUAAAAAUUCAAAAAGUCAAGUUAGUCCAACAAAUAAGAGAAUUAAAAAAAAUUCAUAAUCCACUUUGUGUACAUUAAUUCAUAUUAUAUUAUAAAUUUGAUUUGUGGUCAACAAAAGCCUAUUAUUAAAAAAAAUAGUAAUACUAGUAAAAAUGAAGUUUAAUGUCCAUUUAGCCCAGUGAUGAUAAACAUUUCACAUAACACAUUUUAAAUUUAAUUUUUUUUUGAAUGCCAUAAAAGAAUGAAAAUACACUUAGAAAAAAAAAUGUUAAAAUUAUUAUUUUUUUCAUGCAUUUUUAACUUACUACAUAAUUCAUACAGACGCUUUAUAUGUGUAAACUUAAGUAAACAAAAGAUUUUUAACAGUAAAGAAGUAAUGAAAUUUUUGGUAAAUGAAAAAAGUUUUUGAUCCGUUUCCGACCUUACAACAUACAAAACCUUUUCUCACAUGUACCGAAAAAAAGAAAAAUCAAAAUUUAUGAAUGAAGCGAGUCAACUCACGUGAUAUUAGAAUUUGUUCAUUGUAAAAAAGUAAUUAAAAACAAAAUUUCAAACGAAAGUUUUAUGUAAAUUUAAUUAAGCUCAACAAAAAUCUAGAAAUUUUCUUCUCACUUCAUUGCAAAAAAAAUUGUAUUUGUGUUGAAAAAAUUGUUAUUUAUGUUAACAGCAGCAAUGAGAAAUAGCUGAAAGCUUUUUAAAGAAAAAUUUGAGCAAACAAAAAUUUGUAAAAUAUUUAUUGUAAAAAAAAAGUUUUCAUUUCAAAAAAAGAAUUUUCUGUAUAAUUUUUACCUCAUUAGCAUAGGCAUACACAGAUUUAAAUCCAUUAUAGAAUACACCAACAUGAAGAUUCUAUAGAAAGUAAAUAAAAUCUCAAAGUAAGAAAAAUGAGAAACUAGAAAAGAAACCAAAAAAGAAUUAAUAAAGUAAAAAAAUAAAUCUAUAAUAAAAAAUUAAAUAGUAAGCCUAUUGACAUGAAAUAAUUGAGAAAAAUCUACAAAAAUGUGGACAA